CAAUUGCGUAAUCAUACUGCGGCACCAGUUUCUCCACCCCCCGCCCCUGAGUGGCUGGAGCAGCUGCUUGUGGAGGUCUGCCCACUGCGGCUCUCUGCAGUCUCUAGCCUGUUCCUUCAGGGCCUAGAGGCGGCCUUGAGUCUCCGCCCAGACAGCCGGAUUCAAUUCUGCUAUCCCAGCUUCAGCACCGCCUUUUAUCCCCUCUUCCAUCACUGCUGCAGUCCAGCCGCCGCUGCCUCUUGGUCCAUCUCCGCCUGAUCGUCGUGCAUCUGCUAUAUUGGUGAGUCUUCCUGCGGAGGUCGGGUCUCCUGAUCUGCCGGCUUAGCCACCAUAAUAAGUGCAGGCGAUCUUUUGAAAACAAUGGCCGAGUCAGCUGAACACAAGGAACUGUCUGAAUCUAACCAAGAAGAGCUUGGUAGCCAGGUAAUGGCGGAGGGGCCCGGGGGAAGUCAGGACCGCGGUGAAGGUGCCUCCAUUGAGCCUGGAGAUGGCGGGCAACAUGGUGAAGAAACCAUGGCUGCUGGAGUAGGGGAAGAGGGAAAAGGAGAAGAAGCUGCUGCAGGGUCUGGGGAAGAUGCUGCGAAAUGCGGAGGUACUGAUGAGGACUCAGACCGUCCAAAAGGACUUAUCGGUUAUCUUUUAGAUACCGAUUUUGUUGAAAGUCUCCCAGUGAAAGUUAAAUACCGAGUGUUAGCUCUUAAAAAGCUUCAAACAAGAGCUGCCCAUUUGGAAUCCAAAUUCCUGAAGGAAUUUCAUGACAUUGAAAGGAAAUUUGCUGAAAUGUAUCAACCCUUACUAGAAAAAAGACGACAGAUCAUCAAUGCAGUCUAUGAGCCCACAGAAGAGGAAUGUGAGUAUAAAUCGGACUGUGAGGACUAUUUUGAGGAGGAAAUGGAUGAAGAGGAAGAGCCCAACGGCAACGAAGAGGGCAUGGUGCAUGAAUACGUGGAUGAAGAUGAUGGUUAUGAGGACUGUUAUUAUGAUUAUGAUGACGAUGAUGAAGAGGAGGAGGAGGAAGAAGAUGACAGCACUGGGGCUACCGGAGGAGAAGAGGCAAACGAAGAGGAUCCUAAGGGGAUUCCGGAUUUUUGGUUGACUGUUUUAAAAAAUGUUGAAGCACUCACUCCUAUGAUUAAGAAGUAUGAUGAGCCGAUUCUGAAGCUGCUGACAGAUAUUAAAGUGAAGCUUUCGGAUCCUGGCGAGCCUCUCAGCUUCACCCUCGAAUUUCACUUCAAGCCCAAUGAAUAUUUUAAAAAUGAGCUGCUGACAAAGACUUAUGUGCUGAAGUCAAAGCUUGCAUGCUACGAUCCCCACCCUUAUAGGGGAACUGCAAUCGAGUAUGCCACUGGCUGCGACAUAGAUUGGAACGAAGGGAAGAACGUCACUUUGAGAACCAUCAAGAAGAAACAGAGACAUCGCAUCUGGGGAACUGUCCGAACUGUGACUGAAGAUUUUCCCAAGGACUCUUUCUUCAAUUUCUUCUCUCCUCAUGGGAUCAGCUUAAAUGGAGGGGAUGAAAAUGAUGAUUUCUUACUUGGUCAUAAUUUGCGUACUUACAUAAUUCCGAGAUCAGUGUUAUUUUUCUCAGGAGAUGCACUUGAAUCUCAGCAGGAGGGUGUAGUUAGAGAAGUUAAUGACGAAAUUUAUGACAAAAUUAUUUAUGAUGAUUGGAUGGCUGCAAUUGAGGAGGUUAAAGCCUGUUGCAAAAAUCUUGAGGCAUUAGUAGAAGACAUUGAUCGUUAAAGCAGAGUAAAUGCUUCUGAAAUUAACUGCUCCACAUGCAGUUACUGGUGACAUAAGCAGUUAAUAUUGUCUUGUGUUCUGCAUUUUUUCUUGUCAUGCCAGUUUAAAAAUUCAAAUACUAAUUAAUCUGAUCUUGCAUUGUAGUGGUAUGAUGUUUUCAAGACAUAUAGACUGUGAUAAAUGAUUAAAUGCAUUAAUAUAGUGUGUAGUAUAAUUCUUCUGAAGUCUUUGUGCCAUGUAUCUAUUAAUCUGUGGCUGUGAAUAUUACUAGAAGUGCUAAAUGAUAUUAUUUGUUUGCAAAGAAAAUAUUGGAAACCUACCUAAGGCUGCUUUGCUAUUUUUCCCUUAUCUUAGUGCUUUAGCCAAUAGACUCAAUUUUAUUGUGCCUGCUUCAUUUUGCAGUAAAUAUGCUAUAGAAUUAAAACUUGAAUGCCCAAGAGGCCUGCAUAUGGUUGAGAAUUUCAGACAAAAUCAUAUUUAUUAAUGAUAACAGCUAGUGCAAAGCUUCUGAUUGUAUGUGACUGUGAUAAAUAAUAAAACUCAGUUUGAGAAUUUCAGACAAAAUCAUAUUUAUUAAUGAUAACAGCUAGUGCAAAGCUUCUGAUUGUAUGUGACUGUGAUAAAUAAUAAAACUCAGUUGUAUUGAAAUUACUGUUUAUCAUUGAUGUAUGAGUUACAGUAUUUUCAAAUGUUGCAAAUAUUGUCCUGUGUAAUUGUGUAAACUGUGAUUACAGUGUACAUUUUUCUUUCAUAAUAUACUGAAUCAUUCAUUGAAAUGGACGCUUCACCAUUUCUGAAAAUAUGUUUCAUAUUCUGUUCAUUCGCUGAAAAAUAAAAUGAAUAAAAAUUU